CCAUAUUCGGGCACUUUUACCUAAAUUCGGAUGGCCAAGACCCCCAGAGUUGAACAUGCAUCUAGUUGCCAUUGUGCUCAACGUUGGCAUCUCCACUAUCCAGUCUAUAUACUGCUUGGCUCUAGACACUUGCAGUAACAAUUGCAAUCUUUGCACUAACGGUUUUGUCCGCAAUAAUGCAACAUCGACCUGGAACUGCUUGUCUAAAAACACAGUGGAAAAGAUAGAGCCCAAUCAGUGGUUCCUAUGGGCAGAUAUUGCUUCCUGUACUUCAUUGCAGCCCAACGACAACGUAGACGAUUGCUGAGCUCUCUGUGGUAUCUGAGUUGCGAAGAAGUAGCUCUGUUGAUAGAAAUACUCCAUUUCAGGUCACCUGAGCAGUAGGCGACGCUCGUCCGUUUAUAUAUAACUUUUUCGACCAAG